CCAUCUUUUGAAAGAGACAUCCCUCUGACUACCCUUCCCGAGCAAGCUCCUAAAGAUAUUAAGCUUGCAAGACUCAGAAUAAUGGAUUGUGCUUUGCAGUUGGCGCAACUGACCGCCGAUUCAAACGAACCGUCAACAGCUGAUGGUUCGUCGUGUACCAUUACAUCGCCGUGCUCCAAUGGUUGGCGGUUCGACAUCUUCCAUGGAAUCCCUUUGGAUGGCAAUAUCUUCUACGUCGAUUUGGCCGCGAGGGCAACCAUGCCGGAGGUCAAGCUCAAGUCCAUCAUACGCAUGAAUAUGACCACAAACCUCUUCUGCGAACCAGCGCCUGAACAUGCCGCUCACACAGCUUUUUCAGCUUUACUGUCAACUAACAAGAACCAUUCUAAUUGA